AUGUUCAAGCUUCCACAGCUCAGGUCCGUUCAGAGGCUUUUACGUGGAAUUGGCUCGAGGACGCUAGUCUCGGUAGCCAGACCUCAGCUACCUGUGGCUGCACCAGCCAGCACCCUCAGCAGAUUUGGCUUUGGUACUCCAGAAACACUCCAACUUCCACAAAGCUGGAGAAACCAGCAAACCAUAAAAACCAUUAGCAUGCUAGAAAUGCCCAAGGAUGCGUGGGCCCAGCAGGCGGAGCAGGAGAACCCCGUCACAGACAACACAGUAUACAUGGACUCUGUCAAGAGAAAGAGAAGACUCAAGAUGAAGAAACAUAAGUUGAGAAAGAGAAGAAGACUCGGCCGUGCGUUGUUGAAGAGGUUGGGCAAGGUGAAGGAUUAG